AACCAUAACAGCAAAAAUGGCAGCUUCCCUUUGUUUUGGACCCUUCAGACUCCAUCUCAUGCUUUUGCUUUUCGCCAUCUUCAACACCAUGUUACUUGCAACUGACCCUCCUUUAACGUUGGACUACUAUGCAUCCAAAUGUCCCACCUUGUUCAAGAUUGUAAAGAAAGAAAUGGAGUGUGAAGUUCUCUCAGAUCCUCGUAAUGCCGCCCUGAUAGUCCGGUUACACUUCCAUGACUGUUUUGUUCAGGGAUGUGAUGGUUCAGUUCUGCUAGACGAUACGAUCUCACUAAAAGGAGAGAAGAAGGCUUCCACCAACAUAAACUCGUUGAAAGGUUUCAGGAUUAUUGACAGGAUAAAGAACAAGCUUGAAUCAGAGUGUCCCGGAAUUGUCUCUUGCGCCGAUAUCCUCACUAUUGCAGCAAGAGAUGCUGUGAUUCUGGUUGGCGGACCUUAUUGGGAUGUUCCUCUGGGAAGAAAGGACUCUAUAACUGCUAGUCCUGAACUUGCAGAAACCAACCUUCCUACUGCAGAUGAAGGCCUUCUGUCUAUCAUCUCCAAGUUCCAGUACCAAGGCCUUUCAGUCACAGACGUGGUAGCUCUUUCAGGAGCUCACACAAUUGGCAUGGCACGGUGCGCGAAUGUUCGAUCAAGGAUCUAUGGUGACUAUGAAUCAACUUCAGGAAUCGACCCUCUUUCAGAGUCAUACCUCAGCAGCUUGAAGUUAACUUGCCCUAUAGGUGGAGAUGAAAAUAACAUAACAGCAAUGGACUAUGUCACUCCUGAACUAUUUGACAAUUCUUUCUAUCAUAUACUAUUGAAAGGGCAGGGACUACUCAACUCGGACCAGGAACUGUAUUCUAGCUUGUUGGGGAUCGAAACCAAGAAACUUGUUCAUAAAUAUGCAGAAGACGCCGUCGCUUUCUUCCAGCAAUUCUCAUAUUCAAUGGUGAAACUGGGGAACAUUACUAACGAGGACAGCUUCACCACCGGAGAGGUUAGGAAAAAUUGCAGAUUUGUGAACACAUGAGCUUCUGCAAUUAGUCCCCAAGAAAACAGUUCAUUUUACAAAAACCAUAUUUGUUGUGCAACUUAUACCAAGAAGUGAUCAGAAAUUGUUACGUGUGAUUUUAGUUUUCACAUUCAACUUAUGAGGCAUAUUUACGUUUUAU